UGAACCCUAGCGUCUGGGUGAAGAGAGAAUUGACUGUUGGGAGUUUAAGUGCCAGUCAUGGAGGCGCUCUCUUCGGGUCAAUUGGAGGCGCUCAAAUACAGCGAAUUGCAGUGCCUGGCCAAGUCGGUGGGGUUAAAGGCUAACCUCAAGGCAGCCAAGCUAUUAAAUGCAUUAAAGAAGCACUUCUGUGAAGAAAAUGAAAAUACGGGUAUCAAAAAGACAUCCCCAUGUACAGCUAUUGAGGAACAGAAUGGCAGUCAAAUUUCCAUAAAUCCAUCCACAAUCACCAAAAGGAAUAGAAAACGGACAGAAGAUAACGCCCAGCAAACCUCACAAGAAAAUCUUAAUAAAGAAAAAAUGGAACUGGAUUCAGAGAAAGAGGUUCCAAUAUUGCUAAAUUCUGAAGGGAAUCCGGAUGCAGGGUUUGAAAAGAUACUGAAGAUAAACCAAAAUGAUGAAUCAGAAAGCAGUGGAACAUCAGGAAACUUAGAAGACUUUGUCACUCCAAGUCAGCGAAAAGAAAGAAAUUCUACUAGGCAAAAAGGAGUUGAAAGUAAAAGUUUACUGGAUUCUCUUUCUGGAAAGAAAACUACUAAUGCAGGAAGCAAGUCUAAAUUGGGAAGAAAAGGAAUAAGUUCUACCACCCCAGAUUUUAAGAAACUUCAUGAGGCUCAGUUCAAGAAAAUGUUAUCUAUUGAUGAAUACAUUGAAAGGAAAAAUAAAAUGAUGUGUAAUUUCAGCAAUGCAGUUAAUGAGAUCAAGAUCCUGACUAAGAAGAAUAAGUCUCUGAAGACUUCUCAGAAAGAAAAUCUAAAUACCAAUUCAAAGCAGGUACAUUCCAGUACCAGAGGGCUUUUAUUAAGUCCCCCUUCUCAAAAGAAUAGACUUUCUGCCACAGGCACUCCACUAAAACUGCGACGUUCAAUACGCAAUUCCCCUGGCACUGCAAAUAAAAGUAUUCGGUCUCAAAAAUCAUCCUUCAGUUCAACCAGCCUUUCUACAACUAAAAAUGUCAGGUUCUCUGAAUCUACAAAAGACAAUGAAGAGAAGCGUUCCCUUAUCAAGACUCCAUCUAGGAAAUCUUGGUUUCUGAAAAAUUGCACUCCAGAUAAUCAGAAAAGCAGUGAAUGUAUAACUAGCAAAGACUUCAAAGGAGGAGCAACGAAUUGUCAGACGACAGAAACUUCAACGAAUUCUGCUGUCACUCCUUUCAAGAUUAUAAAUCAGACUGUGGAACCAACAAGCACCAAGAAACCAGUAUUUGAUCUACAAGCAAGUCUAUCAAAACCACUUACAUAUCAGCCACACAAAGGAAAACUGAAACCAUGGGGCAAGCCUGGCGAGAAUCACCAGAGACUAUAUUCCCACAAGAAAUGCUACAAAGAGCCACCUCUUCAAACCAGAGAUGAGAGACGGGAGAAACACAUACAACAAAGAAAACAAAGAAAAGACCAAAAGCUUAGCACAGUGAGGCGGCUAACUGUUGCUUAAAGCUGACUUUUAAAUUGUUCUGUAGAUAAUCUUACUAUUGAAAAUCUUUACUUUCUUGUAAAUAAUUGUUGUCUCUGCACUGAAAUGCUUAAGCUAUCUAGACUGAGUAAUCUUAUUUUAAUAUGAACAUAGAACCUUGGCACUAUUACAUUCAGUUAUCCAGUAGCUAAUGCUAUUGUGUUAGAAGGCUUAGAAAUCUUUUCAAAAGGGCAGCUAUCUUUUCUUCUCUCAAAUCAGCUUUAGUAUAUGCCUUAACUAUAUUCUAAAUUGUCUGGAAACAUUUCUCAACAACUGGAUCGAAGUUUAUUGUAUCAAACAAUUCAAUCUUCUGGACAUAUAGCAAAUUUUAAAUUCAUUUAAUGAGAAUUUUUAAAAAAAAAUGUCUUAAUGUACUCCUAAUUAAAAUAAUUGUGUUUAUAGAUAAAAGUUCAUUUUAAUUUUACUAUUAUACAGCUUUGUCCUAUUUUAUCAACUUUUGUCAGUCAACUUUUUUCAUUGUACAUAUAUUCUGAUGACUAGAUUUUUCUUUUUAGAGUAGAAUUGUUAAUUUAAUUAGCAUGUCAAAAAGAAAAGCUACCGCAACCAAGUCUAUGAAAAAUAAAAACCUAUCUUCUAUUCUA